AUGGCGAACGUACUCAAGGCCAAUCCUCCCCAGGAGUCCCUAGAAGAAAUGGAGACAGCAGGCUCAGUGGCAGCAGCGCGCGCCACCAUAACCCCCUAUGCAGCCGCCGCUGCAGCAGCAGCAGCAGCAGCAGCAUGCAGCAGCCGCAGCAGGAACGGGUUUUGGGGGUCAAGCGGGGAGGGGGUGGAGAGGGGGAGGUUCGGGAGCCGGGGGAUACCCAGGUCCGGGGAUUGCAGGCUUGGGAUCUGGUUUGGCAGCAGGUUAUGGCUCGCCAGGAGGCCCGGCAGGAGGCUUGGGAAUGCCGCCUGGGUAUGGUUCGGCAGCAGGUCUGGGGAUGUACGACCCUGGGCUGGGAGUGGUGUGGGGGGGGUGGGGGGGAUUGGAGGAGGGUUGGGUGCGGUACUGGCCAGCUAUCAGGGAGCAGCAGGGGGAGCAGGGGGAGGGGGGAUUGGGGGAUUAGGGAGUGGUUCUGCUGGUGGGGGGCCUCUGACUGGGUUUUCAUCAGCCCCAAUGGGCCAUACUGGCUUCUCCUCUGCUUCCGGUGCUGCUGCUUCCGGUGCUGCUGCUGCUGGUGCUGGUGCUGGUUACGUUGAUGCGUCUGGUUAUCACCCUCCGUCUGGUUACCCUACUUCGUCUGGUUACCAGCCUUCGCCUGGUUCUGGUUUUGAUGAUCAUUCUAAGCGGCGGAGGGUGCAGGAUCGUCCCUUUGUCAAAACAGAGGCAUCCGAGCCUCAUGGUCACAGCCAGGGCCAGGAGCAGGGGCAGGCUCGGAUUGAGCUUCGGUUGCCGGGGCAGGCGAUAGGGUCGGUGCUGGGGAAGGGUGGGAACACGAUCAAGAACAUUCGGCAGAUGUCUGGUGCUAACAUUAAGAUCCAGCCCCCGGAAGCAGGCAGCACGGACAGGAUUGUCGAGAUUUCUGGCAACCCAACUCAGUCCUCUCCAGUCGUCCACUCAUCUCCACUCCUCCCCAGUCCUCCCCACCCAUUCUCCACCACUCUUGACCGUUCCUCUCUAAUCCUCUCCUCUUUCUCUCCAUCCCCUUCCACUGUUCAGCACGCCUCUCCACUCUCCAUGUGCUGA